CCUUCUUUAAAAGAUGGCAUGUCGGUAGAAGAGGAAGCACUCAAAAGACGGAAGACCUGUCGUUUCAUCGAAGAAGCGGGGCGAGUGCUGAAACUACCUCGGGUUGCCGUGUCCACCGCCAUGGUCUUUUUCCAUCGCUUUUACGCCAAGCAUUCGUUUCAAGAUCACGACCGUUUCGAAGUUGCGGUCGCGUGUAUUGUUCUCGCUGCCAAAACGGAGGAGUCUCCCAAAAAGCUAACGACCGUAAUUGACGAAUGCCAUAAGCUCAAAGUCCGCGGCAUGCAAGCGGGCGAAGAGUUCAUCAAGCUCAAAGAACGUAUCUUGCUACUGGAACGAGUCAUUCUGCAUACGAUCGGAUUCGAACUCUCAAUUGAUCAUCCCUACAAGUUUUUGGUCGAGCAAAUUCAGAAAAUGAUUCACAAGAGGCAAUUGGAUAUGGCGCAGUACGCGAUGAAUUUCGCCAACGACUCGAUGCAAACCUCCUUGUGUUUACAGUUUGAGCCGCAAAAGAUCGCCACCGCGACUGUAUACUUGGCGGGACAGUUCAGUAAGGUCCGGCCAAUCGACGGCAAAGACUGG